AUGGAGGAUACCCGCCGUGCCAUCCGCCAGGGCCGGCUCCUGGCGGGCGAGGGGCUCUACGCGCACGCGCUGGACACUUGGAAGGCGGCGCUGAGCGGCGCAUACUCGCAGCAAGACUACGCCGGACUGUUCGUGCUGUCGUGCAACGUGGGCGAGGCCUGCGUGGAGCUCGCGGCGCAGUCGAAGAACGGCGUCAAUGCAGCGAAGCAGCUGCAGGAGGGUCAGGAGAGUCUGGACUACGCGCUGCAAGUGGUGGAGCAAUGCUCGCUGCGGAAUGUGCUGGGAGGGUACAGAGCGUUGUAUCGAGGCGUGCGGCGAGCUGAGGCACUGACGAGGAAGGCGGCGGAGCUGAUGGACAAGUUGCGCCAGGCGGAGGAGGUGGUGGUGGAGUGCACGACUUGUGGAGAAGCUGGUGGGGUGGUGGUGCUGGACGAGAAUGACGGAUGCUACUACUGCAAAAUGUGCUACGACGAGUACUAUACUGCUGAAGAAGUUGAUGCAGUGAAAAAGGAACGCAUGGAGGUCGGUGACACAGAUGAGGAGGAGUCCGUUGCUGUUAGAGACGUCGCUGAGGUGGAAUCUGGCGUGGAAGAUGACCUUGGCGGCGAAGACAUUGAGGUUGAGAUCGAUGCCGCGGCUAAAGGCGGUGUGGAGAUUGAGGUGGCUACAGUACCAGAGCCGUCUGCAGUUUUAUCGCCUGCGACGAACGGGGCACAGGACGAGAAAAGGCAGGAUCGAGUCCGAUAUGAGCGCGUGGAGCUAGGGUCGCUGGCUGACUUCCUGGCAGGUAAGCUUCGCGUGGAGAAUAACGCCGAGCAGAUCGAGACGCAGCGCUCGGACCACACAGCCGACGUAGCGGAGCUGUUGACGCCCAUGCCUGCUGAUACUAACCCGCCUGAUGAAGGAGUGCCUGACCACGACGCGCUCGCCAAAGAUGAAGAUCACACCGCUGAUACCAGCCUGCCCGAAUCGGAUUCAGCGUGCGAAGAAGAUCCGAGGUCGGACGAGGAUGCAGCAGCUGUCGCUGUCGCUGCAGUCCCCACCAAACUCGAGUACUCCAUCGCGGAGCUGCUAGAGCUCCGAAAGCAGUCCCCCGCCGCAGUUCCUGUUGUUCUCCUGUCCUCCCCCGUCUUCGACGACGGCACCGCGCCACCCCCUGCCCGAAACAAGUCCACCAACUCAAACUCGCGGAAGAAGUCCAGCGCCAAGAAGACGGCGAGAUCAGCAGUCGCGUCUAGGCAGAGCAAGGCAGACGCCGCUGACCAAGUGGACGACGACACGGAUUCGAUCUCGCCGCUGCCAACGCUGGACCUGUGCAACGUGAUGCGCGCGGCGCUCCAGGAGCAGCGGGACGGCGCCGAUCCCCAUUGCAGCAGCUCUGGGAUACUGGAGACAGCCCUCUAUACCUCGGCCCAUGUCCGCCUUGAAGCAGAGCGGCCUGAUAACGGACUAUGAUCGAGCAGUCCCAUGUUGCAGCCAAUCAAUCGAUUCCGUGACCAGUCCUUUAAUGCGGCCGUUACAGAAAACCGUCGGCUGCCACCUCGAAUAUUCGUAUAUCGCAGGUUAUUGCUCUCGACCGUCGCAUAAGAUACAAAUGUCAAGU